GGGAGCCCCGUGGCAGGCAGGGAGAUGGAAGGAAGGCUGGCUGCAGGCUCAAACCCCGGUUUCCAUACACACCCCACCAUCCUCCUCCACCUUCCCCCAGGAGAGGAGGCCUGCUGGCCAAGCCAGCCCCAGAUGAAAAGAGACAGAAGGUCUCUGCACUGAAGUUGGCACAGAAGUUUCUCUCAGACUUUCCCUCUGUAGCUGCCCUCAAGUCUGCCAUCAAAGGCUUGGUGGUUACAAGAUAAGGAAUGGCGACCGGCCUGCAAAUACCACCAGCACCAUCAUUGCUCCCCACCUCCCCUCCCCCCCCCACCCCGUUGGCUGUAGCUUCCUUCCAAACAUCAGGAUGAUGAUGAUUUCUCUCUCUUCCCAGUUGUGAGAAGAUCAUGCACCUCUCAGCUCUCCAAAGUAUCAAAUGUUGCUGUUGUUUUAACCCAGGACUAAUCUAGAGAGCCGAAAGCCACCAGAUCACUCAGAACAUUCCCCUUGGGAAGCCAAGAUGGUCUGGCAGCCAAGUGCCCCUGGUCUUCAGUGCCCCUCAGUUGACCUGUUUGUGCAGGAAGCCUCUACCUGAAAGUAUUUGACCUGUGCACAAGGUCUCCUGUAAGGAAGAUGGCCAGCCGGUCUGACGGCAUCAGCAAGCCCACCCUUUGAACUGCCUCUGAGCUCAGCCAGUCCCCGGGCCAUGGAGCAGGCCCAGCAACAUCUCCAGAAGGUCUGAAGCAACAUCUCCAGACUUCUCUGCCACCUCUUUAGCUGUCUUCCACUUGUCCCAAAGGGGCUUUCCAAAAGGCAACUGGACUUUCUUGGGUUUUUUCCUUGAAAACGUUUCGCUUCUCAUCCCAGAAGCUUCUUCAGUCCUGAGAAGUGAAACGUUUUCAUGAAAAAAAACACGGCCAAGUCCAGUUGUCUUUUGAAAAGCACCUUUGAGACACAGCCAUGACCCAGCCAUCUAUAUGAAGCCGCUGGGUGAGAUCAUCAGUGGCUUCGGUGUGAGGUACCAGCUGUACGCGGAUGACACCCAGCUGUACUUUUCCACACCGGGCCACCCCAACGAAACUAUCGAAAUGCUGUCCCGGUGUUUGGAAGCCGUACGGGUCUGGAUGGGGAGAAACAGGCUCAAGCUCAACCCCUCCAAGACAGAGUGGCUGUGGAUGCUGGCAUCCCGGUACAGUCAGCUGAGUCCACGGCUGACUGUUGGGGGCGAGUCAUUGGCCCUGAUGGAGAUGGUGCGCAACUUGGGUGUCCUCCUGGAUGAACGGCUGUCUUUUGAAGAUCACUUGACGGCCGUCUCCAGGAGAGCUUUUUACCAGGUUCGCCUGGUGCGCCAGUUGCGCCCCUUUCUAGACCAGGAUGCCCUAUGCACGGUCACUCACGCCCUCGUGACGUCUCGCCUGGAUUACUGCAAUGCUCUCUACAUGGGGCUCCCCUUGAAGGGCAUCCGGAGGCUGCAGUUAGUCCAGAAUGCGGCUGCGCGGGUGAUAGAGGGAGCCCCUCGUGGCUCCCGUGUGACACCUAUCCUGCACAGACUGCACUGGCUACCUGUGGCCUUCCGGAUGCGCUUCAAGGUUUUGGUAACCACCUUUAAAGCGCUCCAUGGCAUAGGGCCGGGUUAUCUACGGGACCGCCUACUGCUACCGAAUACCUCUCACUGACCCGUGCGCUCCCACAGAGAGGGACUCCUCAGGGUGCCGUCAGCUAGGCAGUGUCGUCUGGCGACACCCAGGGGAAGGGCCUUCUCUGUGGGGGCUCCCACCCUCUGGAACGAACUCCCCCCAGGACUCCGUCAACUUCCGGACCUCCGAACCUUCCGCCGCGAGCUUAAAACACAUUUAUUCAUCCGCGCAGGACUGGAUUAGAUUUUAAAUUUAUAUUAGUUUUUAAUGGGUUUUAUUAUUUAUACUGCUUUUUAAUAAUUCGGCCUUUUAGAAUAAGUUUUUUAAUUGUUAUUUUAAUUUGUAUUUAUAUGUUUUUACUUGCCUGUGAACCGCCCUGAGUCCUUCGGGAGAUAGGGCGGUAUAUAAAUGUG